AUGGAAAUCAUACAUGGAAGUUGUGAUGAAGAAAUAAAUAAUGAUGAAAUAAUAAGAGAAGAGAUUGAUGAAUUACAAGAAGAAAUAAAUAAACUCUAUUUUAGCAAACCCAUUUCAGCAAUGGAAUUUGUAAACAUUGAUAAUGAAGUUUCUGAAGAGUUUUCUGAUGCAGAAAUUAUUGAAACAGUAUGUCCUUCACAAAAUAAUGAAGUUGCUGAAGAUGAAGACGAAGAAAUUGAACCUGUGCCUUCUAUACCAGUUAAAAGUGCUCGGAAAAUAUUUUAUCAUUUCUAA